UUUAAAUUUCAUUCCUGACCAAAGUCGAUUGGCACUUUAUGUCCGCGUGAAGCGAUGAAAUUCACCGUCUGUAGAUGAUUCGUACAGAAUUUUCAAGGAGCCAUAAAUAGCCUUUUGAAUACAUAUCUGUGGAUUAAAUAAAUUGGUGAGGUGACAGGGAAGUUAUGUGAAUGGAAAAGAUUCCCGCGUGGAUUGCGGCCGCCCUGUUUAAUGACGAGAGAAAUGGGUAUUGUUCGUCGGCGUGAAGACAGCGGGAUCAGAAUUUCGAAUAUGCAUCGAUCAUUUUGAUCCAAAAUUAAUUUGGGAUACAUUGUGGAUGUAUCUAUGAAUAGAGAUAGGCGUAACUGUCAAUAGUCCAGAACGAUUAUAUAUUUGUUAUACUGAUGUUUUGCUCAGAAGAUUAAAAUACAUAUCGCUCUAGAUUUCAUACGUGUUGAAGCAAUUUUUUCGAUCCAAUUCUUUUUCGAAUUCGAGUUCCAAUUGACCGCUCACUCGCAGAGUGGGGGCUCAGUGGUUCGUCCACCGACCACCAGGUGCGCUGCAAAACUGGCUACGAGAAAUUAACAAAACAUAUGAAACCCAACGAGAUAAGGAUGAGAUCUCCCACCAUCCUGUUUGCGGCGAACGCUGGCGAACGAUAGACUACUGUCAGACACUGUCAAGGCAAGAUUGAUUCUGCAAGAACAUGGAAAAAAUACUAGAAGCGAUACCCGAUGUGGACAUUGACGACAAUGGAACAUUCAAGUACAUUUUGAUCGACGUGUAUGGCAAGGACGAUUCUAUUCAAAAAGUCAUUCUCAGGGGAUACCUCAGAGAUUAUCAUAUGACCAUCUUCGAGGAGGUUGAGGAGAAGAUCCAGAAAAUAUCGAAGGACAUCCGAAUGGACUGUCCGGGCGGUGGAUUCAUCCAACACAACGCUGCCGCGAAGAAGAUCAAGGUUUACGGAAAAUCCAUAGGUUACGGCGCAGCUGAUCACAAAGUUGCGGUUAAGCUAUUGCAAAAGGCGUAUCCCGACUACGAGGUCAUCACGACGAAUGAAGACUGAAAUGCAGCAGCUGUAACAUCUGUGUAUAUCUGUGCCGUAAUUUCCCACUUUCAGAUUCCAAAACCUGCGUGUCAAUCGAUUUGUUCUCAGUGUCACUUCGAUUCAAAUGUUCAAUAAAUUCUAAACUGUACUCGUACCCCAA